AUGGCAGAAGAGAUGGAAGAGGAUCUCUUCGCUGAUCUAUACGACGGUGAUGAGACCACGAACAAUACCAAACCAAAUCCCCCUAUGCCAACAGAGACUGUCGAAUCGAAACCGACACUACCAGAACCUGCAGGCGUGAAGGUAGAGCCUGGUUAUGGCGAAGAACCAGACACAGCAGGUGUCCCGGAUUCUUUUGAAGACGCAGGCAAUGAUGACUACAAAGAAGAACCUUUUUCUCCUGGUGUUCAAGAUUUUGACAGACCACAAAGCACGGUAGAUAUGUCCUACAGAGACGAGCCGUUACAGAUGAAAGAAGAUGGUCUGUGA